AAGCGCAAACCCCUCAGUCACCAAACUACAAACAAGACUUGAUGCGAAAUGCAACACACAACAAUCUAGAAACAAACCAAAACCAAAGCGACGACCACCUGCGGCAUGAAGGGGCAGCUGAAGUCACUCAUAGAGUGUUCACGUAUUUACACGUCUCGGAUAGUUACAGAUCUGCAGGACGAGUCUUGGAGGUCCUAUCCCCACCACAUGCUGAAGGGCAGGACAUGACAACCUCUGAGUCGGGUUCCUCCUCAGUUCAAUCGCCCUCCCCCUUCUCGCAAAAUGUCACAGCUGAAGGAGGAAUGGUUUACAAUCGCAACAGAUUCAAGGCAAGUUCUUUGUUCAAGAUUAAAGAGCCGUUCAAAAGUAAGGAGGAUGAGCAGAGAAGAAACUCUACGCUUGGCAAUGUAAGAUUGGAAAGGCCUGGCAAAUCUUUAAGCUUUUUCAGGCGGAGGUGUAACACUUGGCCAGAAGGAGAACGGAAAGCGAAAGAAAGUCAUUCAAACUCCAAUCUUCAGGUUUUCAUUAAAAAAAACAUGUUACCGGUGGAUUCUGUCAUUGAUAACAAAUCCAACCCUUUUCCAGAAGACAGUUUGCCCAAUUCUGUCAAGAGUUCAAGUGGAGCAGUUAAAAACAUCUGCUCUUAUUUGUCUCUAGGAUCCACUCUUAGCUUCAGUCUUCCCAAGAGCUUUCACAACAGUGUCUCGGACAUGGAAAACAAAGAGGAGAUUGAACCUGUACAGAUUAAUGAUGACUCAAACAACCAAACAUUACCAUCAACUCAAACUCCACAAUUAGAACUAGAGGUGGAACCAGUGAUUCAUAUGAGACUAACUGAAAUAAACCCGGUAGAUAUGGAAGAUUCUGAAGAUACAGAAGAACCUGGGGUCAAGACCCAACAAUUGAACCAAGUUUAUGAAAGCACAGAACCUGCCUUGAGGGUUUUCACAUUAGUUGAAUAUGAAGGACCUGAUAAUGAUUCCUCGAGCUGUCACAAAGCCUCUCCUCCAGUGGUCAAUGGUUCCCCAUCAGUCAGUCAAUGCAGCCCUCUAUGUCCUUCUUCAUCCUGUGGUCACAAUUGCUUUAGUGUUCAUACCAAAAUAAAAGACCUGAAUGAUCACUUAUACAACAUGUCCAAAGAUGUGAAGAUAAACGCCUCAGAAAACUUGUUCCCUAAUGGCCAGGGCUACCGUAAGAGAGGACGUAUCAUAAACUGUGGUGUGAGAGACUGUGCAGUGUGUUUCAGUGAUACAGUGAAAGAGACCAGAGUAGACUGUGCAGAGAAAGCAGACAUCAGCACGGAGGAGCUUCUUCAGCCUGGGCACUGGCUGUUUCAGCAGGAGGAAGAGGAACUGGAAGAUAUCUGGAGAGGAAGAGUGGGUAAUCUCACUUCAAACUGUGCUGUGGAAAAAAAUACAGAUGAAGAAACAGGGCUAUCAAUCAAAACCAGCAGGGGACAGGUAGCACACCCACUCCAUGGAUGAGAUGGUUAUUUUGCCCGUGUAACCCCGUCCCAUCAUUGGCAAGAUGGGUUAUUUCAUGGAUGGGAUCGUUUUGAACAUCUCAUCAUUUAUCUGCUGUGCAUUUACUAUGCUGUACAUGUAUUAUUGUACUUCAGUUGUAUUCUUCUCUAUAUCAACAUGGUAAAUUUAAUGCAAAACUGUCAUUCUGAAGGUUGAUCCGAGACCCACUGUAUAGACUACAGUGCAGACACACAAUAGAAGUUUGAAAUUACCAUUGCCCAACUCCAGAUGGAGCCCUUGUCCUGCCUACAGCGGAAGGUUUAACCCAUGUACAAUAAAAAGGCACCUCUGUACACACCCAUUUCGAGCUAACAACAGAAUCAUCAGACCCAGAGACAUCAUGCUGCUGAUUCGGAAAUAAUAACAAGACUGUCAUGAGAAAAAACUUGUAUGGCACUCCCCUUUAUAACCAGACUCCAUUGUAAUAAGCUGUACAUCUCAGAAAACAGUUUGUAAAUCACUAUAAUGGAGCAUAUAUGCCAUUGAAGGGAUUAUUAAUGUGUUUGUGUGGCCAUAAAGUGCUGUUUUGUUAUUCUUACACUUACAUCGUUCACUAUUUUGCACAAAAUAAAACUGAAAGCACACGA